AUGGACGUCGUGGCGACUCCAGCAGGCGAGGAGAGGGUUCCAAAUGCCUCCAUCGCCGAUGCUAUCGAUGUUGCCGGCGAGGUGAUCGUUGGCGCCAGUGAAGCCGAGCCUGCAGCCGAGCUCAUAGAAGACGCGUCGCAUUUGCCAGAAGAUAGUGAUGAAGAAGAAUCUGGUGACGAAUGGGAGACUACUUCUCUUUAUGAAGAUGCGCUACAGUUCGUUGGCGACGAGCAGCUGCGCGAUGGUGUCCCCGGAGCAUGCACGCUUCAAGAGGCGGUCACAUAUCGUAGACGGAUUCAUGCGAUAGGACAAGCUGCAUUUCUUGCAGAGACACUUGGCCGAGGCACCAUCAGUGCGAAGAAGCUGUGUACUGCCUUUGGAAUCAUGCCUCCGCCGUUUCUUGAAGGCGCCCCGGAUAAGGCAUAUCACCCACUUUUGUUCAUGGGCAUGUCCCGAGAGAGCUCAAAGCGUCUGAAGUUACCAGAAUACAAUACCAUUGAUGAUGUUGUUCAGCUAAUGAAGAAGGCUAAGAAUAUUAUUGUCAUUACCGGCGCAGGAAUAUCUACAAGUCUCGGAAUUCCCGAUUUCCGGUCAAAGGAUAUUGGUCUCUAUUCAAAACUAGAACACCUUGGUCUGAGUGACCCUCAGGAGGUUUUCGAUAUUGAGGUUUUCCGUGAAGAUCCCAGUAUAUUUUACUCCAUUGCUAAGGACAUUCUGCCAACCGAGAAGAGGUUCUCUCCUACUCAUGCUUUCAUACGCCUGCUACAGGACAAAGGAAAGCUGCUCACAAACUUUACCCAAAAUAUUGAUAAUAUAGAGGGCGCUGCUGGGAUAUUGCCUGAGAAAAUGAUCCAGUGCCAUGGAUCCUUUGCCACUGCCUCUUGCAUGGAUUGUAAACAUCAAGUUCCAGGCGACCAGCUCUUUGACACUAUCCGACGGGGCGAAAUCCCCAAAUGCGUGCCCUGUGAGGAAAAAUCGCAGGCCAGACCUCGAGGUUUAAAACGUAAGCGUAGCUCCAAUGGCAAGAUGCGUCGGUCUCGGUCUCGCUCCGGCUAUGACGACGAUUCGGACGGCGGAGGUUAUUCUACUCCCACAACAGGGGUGAUGAAGCCCGAUAUUACAUUUUUCGGGGAAGACCUCCCUGAUAUAUUCAAGAAGCGGCUAUUAGAACAUGAUAGAGAACGCGCUGAUCUCGUCAUCGUCAUUGGAACAUCGCUCAAAGUCGCACCGGUGGCCGAGGUUCCUGGCGUCCUCCCUUCCAAGGUGCCACAAGUGUAUAUCUCGCGCACUCCUGUCUCCCAUAUCGAAUUUGACGUUGACAUGCUAGGAGACUGCGAUGUUGUCGUUUCCGAGCUCUGUCGCCGAGCAGGCUGGGAUUUGCAACACGAAAUGAUUCCUAGCGGUCAACAGAUCCAUGUUGAGCAAGCAGAAGGGUUCGAGUCGAGGUAUACAUUUACAGCGACUGGUGUAUAG